UACAGUUGGGAGGAGGAACGUGUCUAUUUUCGAGCUGAGAGAUUCGCUUGAUUUACUCGCUUUGCCCCCUCCCCCCACUUCUCUUUUCUGCGUGGGGGGCUCGGGCUUGCAUCCACGAUCGUUGUUCGUAAAGGAAACCCGUUAGAGAUAUUUUUUACUUGAAAACUCGAUUCCAGUGUAAAAGGAAGAAGCCGGGAUGUUACGUAUAUGGAUAGCUCUGCAGUGAGCCUCUCCCCCGGCAGUUCGACCUUACCCUGGGGUUUUCUAUUGUUGCAGCAUCCUGGCCUAGUCCAUCUGGCAGCCUGGACUUCAGUUGCUUAUUUGAAUUUUGCUGACUUUUUUUAAACCAUAGGCAUCGCAUCCAUUUUGAAAGCUUGGAAGAGCAGAACCUUAUGGCAUCGGCGGGACAGUCGUUGCGUUGUAUAUUAUCUGUGCUUAAAAAAAACGACGUAUUUCCAUAACAGUGGAAUUGUUCUGUUGAGAGAACAGAAACUAGCAGCAUCGCUGAAAGGGAUUGUUGCGUUGAUUGACCUUUUUUUUUGUUCUGGACGUUUUUAAGUAUAUUAUUUUUGGAGCUCAUUCGGGAACAAGGAACUAUUUUGGCCUUGUUUAUAUAGGUUUGAUUUUCGUUUUCAUUUUAAAUUUCUUUAUCGUCCCUUUGCGAAGUGAAGACUGGAUGAAAAUUGUUCGAAGUUUUUAAUUAAGGAUGGAUGGAUCACAUCAGAUGGUCCAUGUUUAUGUCGCUGCGUUGCAACUGAUUGAGUUAGACAAUAUUGCGUAUCUCACUUUUCGUACCGGAACGCUUCAGUUCCAUGGACCCGACCCUUUGCACAAACAUAGCAUGGAUUUAUUUUGACUCCUUUAAAGAAAAUCGGUUUGCAUUUGUCUCUACGCGUACUUGGUACUUUUUUUUCCAUUUCAAACAUUCGACUGGCUGUGUGCUUCGCGUUGACAUCUUGUUUGGAGAAAAACCUUUUUUAUUUGAAGCCUUUUGAGAAUUGAAGUUUUGUAGCAAUGUCGGAAAACGCAGACAAUGUUGGGUCUUUACUGCGCGCCCCUAAAAAUGGUACCAAUUCCAGUUCGGAUACGACGAUAGGGGAGCGUUUUGGAGUAAGUUUAAGGAAAAAAGAAGAGUUUAAGGCUCUCAGGAGGCGGCGACAUACUAUGGAUAAGGACAGCAAAGCAGAGCACCAACGUUUUAUCAGGAGGAGUGUAAUCUGUGAUUCCAACGUUACAGCGUUGGACCAUCUGCCCAGUAAGACAUGCAUUAUCGUUUCGCCACCCGAAUCGGAUAGUGCAGCUACAUUAAUAAGCAGUAUUACUAAUAAUAACGAAGCGCAACCUCCAGUACAAGCAACGACAGUUGAUUCUGUCACUGUGGCAAUUCCUGUAUUUGCCGGAGAAAAAUGUGAAAAGUGCAUUGAUGGCAAUACGAAAGACGGAAGCACAGUCGCUGGAAUUGGGGAUGAACGACCUAGGGCCACCAUCCGUUCGCCCGAUGCCGAUGUUUGCAACCACGCGGGGACCACGAGCAGUAGUGGCAAAGACAGAAAAAAGCAAAAGACUGUUCCAAUUAAAGAGGAGACAGAGUUGAAAGUUAACGAUGAUGACAGUUCAGAGAGCAAAGAAGCGGAAGAGGCAAAAAAUCAAGAGAGGAAGGCGCAGGAAGAUAAUGAAGAAAUAGAGACCAAGGCUGUGGCAACCUCUCCUGAUGGGAGGUUUUUGAAGUUUGAUAUCGAAAUUGGGAGAGGAUCUUUCAAAACCGUCUAUAAAGGUCUAGACACAGAAACGACAGUGGAGGUAGCUUGGUGUGAAUUACAGGAUCGAAAGUUGUCAAAGUCAGAAAGGCAAAGGUUUAAAGAAGAAGCUGAAAUGUUGAAGGGCUUGCAGCAUCCAAACAUAGUCAGAUUUUAUGACUCUUGGGAAUCAACUUUAAAGGGAAAGAAAUGCAUAGUAUUGGUGACAGAACUGAUGACAUCAGGUACUCUGAAAACUUAUUUGAAGAGAUUUAAGAUAAUGAAAAUCAAAGUGCUUCGAAGUUGGUGUCGUCAAAUUUUGAAGGGUCUUCAUUUUCUUCAUACGCGUACACCACCCAUCAUCCAUCGAGAUUUGAAAUGUGACAACAUCUUCAUUACAGGCCCUACUGGAUCAGUUAAAGUUGGGGAUCUUGGCCUAGCUACACUUAAAAGGGCAUCAUUCGCAAAAAGUGUUAUAGGUACCCCUGAGUUCAUGGCCCCAGAGAUGUACGAAGAAAAAUAUGACGAGUCUGUUGAUGUUUACGCUUUUGGGAUGUGUAUGCUAGAGAUGGCAACCUCAGAAUACCCAUACUCGGAAUGCCAGAAUGCUGCUCAGAUCUAUCGUAGAGUAACCAGUGGUGUGAAACCAGCUAGCUUUGACAAGGUCGCAAUCCCUGAAGUUAAAGAAAUAAUUGAAGGAUGUAUUCGCCAGAAUAAAGAUGAACGGUAUGCAAUUAAGGACCUGUUGAGCCAUGCGUUCUUUCAGGAAGAUACUGGUGUUCGUGUAGAGUUGGCAGAAGAGGAUGAUGGAGAAAAGCUUGCAAUUAAGCUUUGGCUGCGAAUUGAAGAUAUUAAGAAACUUAAAGGAAAGUAUAAGGAUAACGAAGCCAUAGAAUUCUCAUUUGACUUGGAAAGAGAUGUUCCGGAGGAUGUGGCUCAGGAAAUGGUGGAAUCUGGAUUUGUAUCUGAAGGAGAUCAUAAGACCAUGGCUAAAGCCAUUAAAGAUCGUGUAUCUCUGAUCAAAAGGAAACGAGAACAACGUCAAUUGGUUAGAGAGAAACAAGAAAAGUUAGAGGAACAGCAGAAGAAGCAUGAUCAGUUGCAGCACCAGAAAACUCAACAAGGAGCCAGUGUAUCUCAAACUGGAGGGGGACAUCCUUCCCAGUUACCUGCCACAGCACUUCCUUCUGCCCUUACUGGAGCCCUACCAACCCAAGUUGAACCAGAAGAGCCUGAGGCAGAUCAGCAUCGUUUGCAGUACCAGCCAGCUGGAAACUCUGUUACAUCUGAUGGCACAUUUGAUAGUGGCCAGAGUUCAUCUGGAUUUUCAGAUUCUCAUGGCAGUCAAACUGUUUCCUAUGGUUCUGCUCAAGAACAGCACAUUUCGAGCCAGACUCCUUCAAAUAUCCAGGCAGUAUCGCAACAGCAUGGUAGCCAUCAGCAGCAUUCUACAGGACUUCGACGAGGUCGUAGCAUGUCUGUAUGUGUUCCCCACCUUUCCACCAUCCCUGAUUCAUCCUACAUUCCUAGACAGUCCACCACUCCGCCACCGGUCCUCUCUGCUUCUUUCUCCCCAUAUGUUCGGACUGUCCCUGAAGAAACCUUUGCAGAAAAGCUGUCAAAAGCACUGGAAAGCGUCCUGCCUAUGCACUCAGCUCCUCCACGCAAGCUACGCCGCUCCAGUCUCCCGUGUAUUAGUUUCAACCCUCAGUCCCCAUCUCUAGUGCAUCCUUGUGGGGGAGUUCCAUCACAACCAGAGACUGUUUCAUAUCCACCUAUUCCUGAAAGACCAUUUUCUUUCUCUCCACCACCAAGUUUUUCUCUGAAAGUUGCUAAUUCUCAACGCCGCAAAAGUACUUCCAUCCUGGAAGCUCAUACUCACCAUUUUCAGCCAAUAAUAAAGACUGUAGGCCAAAAUGCUUUCUCUGGUGAUUUUACAAAUCGGAAUUCUGAAAACUCAGCUAUAAAGGGCUUUGUUACUCAUCGAUUUACUAGUGAACCAAUCCACAGUGAAGGUCAAAUGCGACUAGAACAAACUCAAGCCUUUGAAAACAAGUUAAGGUUGAGUCAGCUUGAGGAAAUUCAACUUCUGUGUAAACCGAAAGUGUAUCCAUGUUGUAUGCAGUUACAGCAAACUACACAGGAUCCAUAUGAGGCUGUAACUAGCAGCAACCUUCCAGCACGUGCACUUCCUUUGAAUCAAAGUCUAGCAGAAGUAAACCUAAAGCAUCAGCAGGUUUACUCCCAGCCCUUGGAUUGUGAGGAAUCCCUAAGUGAUCAAAAUUUGUUGCCACGCCCACUACAAAACCUAACAGGUCAUGUGCCUCAAAUAGUCGGGAUGGCUUCUCCUAAAAUACAAACUCCAGUUUCAAACUUACCUUCUCACUUCCAACUGUCACAAGACAUGAUACAACUGUCACAAGAGCAUGGACAGCAUUGGAGGAUUGGAGAGCCACAGGCAAUAUUUCCACUGUCAACUCAAGUGUUCCUCCCGGUACAAGAAUGUAACGUUGCUCAAUGUGAACCUGCAAUUACUAGCAUUCUCUCAAGAAAUACCGUUGGAACUGUGAAUACAAUGCUGACUGUUCAACAUUUGACUGCCCCUCAGUCUGCACCACCUAUUCUUGCACAGGCAAAUGAGGGUAGAACUGGGUCAAUUUUUGACUUUCAAGUUCCUCCAAUGCAGAUGGAAGGUAAUGAUGUCCACAUUCCUCUUCCGUCAUUAACUCAGAGAAUUUAUCGAAAUCGGCGGGCUUCAGUGGAUUUAAGCUUAGAGGAUACUCAAGGAACUGGAUUGUACAGCAGGCUUCAACCAGUGACUGAAGAACAGGUGGUUUAUUUCAGUUCUGAUGCUCUGGUGCUGCCAGGUGACUUCCUGCAAAGCAGGCAGCCUAUGUCAGAGGAAUUUCCUCAGCAUCUUAGUCCGCAGUGUUCGAGUGACUCUGGUCAAUCAACGUCCUCUGAGACCAGAGAGUUCCAGUCACCACCAUCUUUUGGUUUCCUGAUGCCAUACUCCAGUUUAGCAUUGCAUUGUGAGCAGCAGCAGGUUUUGCCAAAACAUGGCAUGCGUUAUGAAACAUUGCAAGGUGUGCCUGUUUCAGUAGCUUCACAGCCACCCAUGCUAAUGCAGUUCAACACUCAGUCCUUUCUGACAACAUCAGGGACAGCUGGCUUGCAUCAGCAAGUCAUGGAAGGAUCCUGGCCCCAUCCUGUUACAUCCCAGCAGAACUUUGCACUGGAUCGAGGUUCUGCAGAUGGACACAGUCUACCUUUGCAGGUGCAAAUGCAGAGCCAGCCACCACCUACGAGUCUUCCUUUGACUGUGUCAAAUCAGCAGGCAGCCCCUCCACCUCCAGCAGGAUCCGUACAGCAGACAAACAAGUUUGGCAGUUACUGCACCCCAACGUAUCUUCCACAGACGGCACCACAGCAGCCUGUGCAGUAUUCACUUCCACAAAUGGUAUCCAGUAGUUCAGUUCCAGGUCAAAUAAUUCCUCAACCCCAGGUUCUGCCUAUCAGUCAAAUGCAUACUGCUCAGCAGGCUCCUACUUCAACACAGAAUUACUCCACCCAGUUGCCAAUUGUUACUCCUAGCCCUGUAAAGUCUUCUGGGAGUGUCCAGUCCACUAUCGUCUCACCACCACUUCCAGUUUCCAUGGAUGUUGUCUCUCAGCCUGUUACACAAGCAUCAUAUCACAUUGGUCUUGCUGCAGGCAUGGCUCAAACCUAUAUUGAAUCUCCACCACCUGGACAAACAAGAUUACUACAGCCUUGUGCCUCCACUGUUCAGCAGAACCAGACAGGACAAUUACAGACACAGGCAUCCCAAGAGGGGACCCAGGCUCCAAUGCAGGCGGAACAGUUGCAGUUAUGCUCAUCUGUGGACAGUGCUCACUCAGAUGUUGCUUCUGGGAUGAGCGAUGGUAAUGAAGGCCUUCCAGCAAGUGGAAGACAUGAAGGGAGAUCAGCAAAGCGGCAUUAUCGUAAAUCUGUAAGGAGUCGUUCACGUCAUGAAAAAUCAUCUAGACCAAAGCUACGAAUUCUAAACGUUUCAAAUAAAGGAGACAGAGUUGUGGAAUGCCAACUGGAAACGCACAAUCGAAAAAUGGUUACUUUUAAAUUUGAUUUGGAUGGUGACAAUCCAGUAGAGAUAGCUUUUAUUAUGGUUCAGAACGAGUUUAUCCUGGAGACUGAGAGGGAAUCAUUUAUUGACCAAGUAAGGGAAAUUAUUGAGAAAGCUGAUGAAAUGCUGAGUGAAGAUCCAAGUGGGGAGCCAGAAGGUGAUCAAGGAUUGGAGACUGUAAAAGCCCAGGUAGCUGCUUGCUUUAAUCAAGCACAGAAAGCAGAGGGCAAAUAUAAACAAGAAGAGCCCCUAAUAUCAGCACCCAUUCAGCUAGGUACUCAAGUAGGCUCUGCAACACAGGUGGUCCAUUCUGCUGGAAGACGAUUUAUUGUGAGUCCUGUCCCUGAGAGCCGAUUACGAGAACCAACUUUCAACAUGGGUGUCACUUCAAUUAAAGAAAUUCAAACAGCUGGUUCCCAUAGUCACAAUCUAAAUCUAUCACACUCAGCUUCUUCAGUGAGCUUGCAACAAGCCUUUUCCGAUUUAAAGCAUAAACCAUUUCAAGAAGGUCCUAAUACCGCUCCUCCAAUCUUCAAUCAAACUAUGGCACCAUUUACUGUGGCACAUCCAGAAAUGACCAGUAUUGGACAAGGAAUUCAUAUCCAAACGGCAGUGUCAUCAUCAGCACCAGCUAGUCUCAUAACUGCUAGUUCUGCAUCCCAAGCCAGGGUACAGAAUAUUCAGUCACAACCAGCUGAGUUAAGUAGUGAAAGCAUUGCUGGUGUGAUUGGCCCUAGUUCCGUAUUGCUUCCUCCAACCUCUCAGUCAGCCCAGCUGUCUGUUGGUGGCCUUGCUGCUAAUGUUAGUGUUUCAAGUUGUGUACCUCCGCCUUGGACCUGUCAGUCAAGCCAGCAACUAAUUAGUGGUCAUGUCACAAGUGUUUCAGUUGUAAGCUCGUUAGUGCAGCCAUUAACAUCACAAGUUGGUCAAGCUUUGAUAGAAGAAACUACUAUCAGUGUAGGACCUUCAACUUCUGUUACCCCAUCUUCCACUGAAGCUGUGAUUUUGCCGACAACCCAACAGCUCAGUGGGGGACCUGUGGUCAGCCUGGCAGAAUCUUCAGUUUCACUGAACUUGUUUCAGAGCCAGAAAGAAAAUUUGUAUAGUGCAACCCAAGCAGAAAUUCAGCCAGUGGGUGGUAAUAUAAUGACACUGGCAGUUUCCACCUCACCACCAUUAUUGCAACCUGUUUGUGGCACUCAAACUCCUGUGGUUCAAACAGUUACUACACAAAAUGCCAUCCUACCUCAAACAGUGGGCAUUUCUGUGCCCCUAGCAACCCAGACCUCUGCAUCUGGCACAGGAACUGCACAGCCUGUAUGCAGCAUUCCUUCUGUUCAACAAACGCUGAUUCACAAUCGGCCUCAAACAGCUUUUCUUCCAAAUCAACCCCAUAUUCAUUGCUCUGAAGUGGACAUAGAUUUGAACGCCAAAGGAACAGGCAUCGAUAAUAUUAAGACCUUGGAUGAAAAGCUUCGAUCGCUGUUCAGCGAGCAUAGUGCUGCAGGCUGUGCUCACAUUCCAGCAUCUUCGGAGAUGGGAUUGGUUGCAGAAUCCACCACAGUUGAUAGUUUGCUUAUUUCAGGAAAAGCAUCUGCUGCUCCAGGAACUUCAACAGUUACUGUCGCGUCCUACCCAGUAACUGCCACAGGGUCUGUCAUACCUCCUUCUAGUCUACCUCUUGGCCCAACAGGACUUCCUUUAACUGUCCAACAACCUUUGACUCCGGCCAGUUAUACUGUAUCCUUGACGAGUGUCAUUACAACUGCAGGACGGCCAGGCACUCCACCUUCCAAGCCACCACUGGGCAGAUUACCAGUGCAACAGCUAAGCACGGAAGCUCUUGAUCAGCAAUUAAAACAAGCUCUCACACCACCCACUGAGCAGUUGCCAUCUUUUCCAGGAACUUCACUAACCCAGUCACAACAACCGUUAGACACUUUAGAUGCCCAAUUAAGACGUGCCCUGAGUCCAGAGACUGUGACAAAUGCACCAGUUCCUGUCACAUCGGUACAGGGUAUGAUUCCAAUAAGUGGGUCAGUUGUACCUCCUGGACAGAGCUAUACAACACCUGGUCUGCCUGGUGAAGUUCAUGUUCCACAGCUGGGUGACAGUAAUAUGGCUUCCUCAGAAGAUAAAUUGGGGUGUCCUGUGCUAGUGUCGCAAUCUCAUGAGGAAGGUGCCAUAGAGUCAAACAUAGCUGUAAUUACUGCAACUGGAAGUGGAGUUGUUAAAAUGGGUCGUUUUCAGGUUUCUGUUGCAACAGAUGAUGUCUUGUAUCAAGAAGCAAAUGACAAGCGGGAAGACAGUAAGCUGAAACUUAUGUCAAAUGAAUCUUCAUUUUCUGGAAGCAGCCCUGAGAGUACAGUGAUUAAACCUGAACAUGACAGUCACGAAGAUGUGGUGGAUAGUGUCUCAGUAACUCAAAACAAAAACGGCAAAUCUGUGCCAUACCAAGAACAGGAGCCAGCUCAGAAGGCAAAUAUAGGAAGAUUCCAGGUCACAACACAACGUGACACUGUUGGCCGCUUUUCAGUAGCGAGGACACAAGAUGAAGUUACUUAUGAAGCAGGCAAGGGAGUUGUUCCUUAUGUUCCUUUGAGCACUGCUCCAAUGACAGUAAUUUCCUCUGUGGCAGUCGAUCUCUUUCGAGCUUCAGAUCAAAUUUUGCCAUCAAAAGAAUCAACUGGUUCAGAACAGUAUCUACAUGUGAAUGGACCAGUUUUGCAGGAAACUGGACAGCAACCUUAUUCAAAGGAACUGGAUCAAACGCAGGUUGAUAGUGCAGGGAGUUCAGUUUCCCCUCAAUCUCCAGAAUCAAAGAGUGCUACCAUUGUACAAAACCUUACCAAUUCCUUUAAUUCCUCCUACAUGAGCAGUGAUAAUGAUUCGGAAAUUGAAGAUGAAGAUAUGCGAAAAGAACUCCACAGAUUGAGGGACAAACAUUUGAAAGAGAUCCAGGAGUUGCAGUCACGGCAGAAGCUGGAGAUUGAGGAACUUUAUAUCAAAUUGGGUAAAGCACCACCAGCUGUAAUAAUUCCACCUGCAGCACCCCUGUCUGGACGUCGUAGACGGCCCACUAAAGGGAAAAGCAACAAAUCUAGUCGAAGCAGUUCCCAAGGACAAAAGAGUCCUUUACCAUCUGGAUCCUUAACUGCUCAGAGUACUGCUUCAGUUUUAACAUCACAGCAGAUGCUUUUGCCGCCCCCAAGUACUCAAGAAUUCACUGUUUCUGGACAAGGUCAGUUGCUGAAACCAUCACCAUCCAGUGAAAAUUUGUACUCUGCUUACACCAGUGAAGGGGUGAUUUCUGGACAAAGUGCUCCUGGAACUGCACAAGGCUCAGCAUCGUUUCACUGUGCAUCAGAGCAAGUGACUUUUAAACUUGGCGGCAGAAGGACAAGGUUUCUGAGUACGCCCUGUCUGGCUCUUUGGAAGAUGGUGAAAAAAGUCUGCCCAUGCAACCAACUGUGUAGAACAACCAGCACAAAUGCGGUAAGUGGAGUUGGGUCGUUGGCUCAGCAACAACAGCCAGCAAUAACGAGCAGAAAAGGCACCUUCACAGAUGAUUUGCAUAAGUUAGUGGACAAUUGGGCUCGAGAUGCUAUGAACCUCUCACAGAACAAGCGUGGCAUGAAGCAACAAGGUCAACAAGGCCAGCAUUACUCUGAAACAAUGCCAAGGAAAUAUUCAGCACCAGGUCAACUUUGUGUCUCCAUGACAAACUCUGCUGCCUCAGUUGGCUCCUUGGGCCCUUUCAGCAAGACUCCUAUCUGCCAGUAUGGUUAUCCUGGAACACCUUAUGGUGCCCAGUGGACUGGAGCACCACCCCAACAGCAACCAAGCAUUAUACCACCACCACCAGGCCUCCAGUUUCAAGCAGUUGGCUCCACUUCACUACAGAGUUUUCCCUUGGGCACUUUGCAGAAAUCUGUCAGCAAUCCUUCUGGAUCCAAUCUUAGGACAACGUAGAUGUAUAAUUCAAAUUCUGGAUAAGUGUGAUCAAUAGACUGAGUGGAAUUCAAGGUUUAAUGGCCUCUGCUGAUGUUGCUGGGGAUAGGUCAUAGAGUUUUAAAGCAUACAGAUGACUGACACUGCUUUUAUAUACACAGCAUCAUUUGAGAGCUAUUUUACUAGUUCUGUUUCAAACAGCGUUCUGUGUGGACAUAUAUUUACCCAUCAGUUUUUGAUGUUCAAACACUGUGAUAUAUAAAUGUUGUUGGACAACAGUAGUUAAAAGUGGAUUUAGAGGGUUUAAAGUUUAAAAAAAACAAAAAAACUAAAGCUAGCUAUAAUCCAUACUUAUCAGAGACACUUUAAUUUCUUUGUUACUUUAUUGUAUUAGGUAAAUAAAUGUGAAUGUAAAAUUGUAUAAAUGUACUUGAAUACCCGUUUUUCCCAGUAUGCUUGCUGGAUUCAUAGUGCCUUGUAUUGUGCUUCUGACUUGUCUGCAGGAAAGCACUUAGUGUCCCCAACAGAAAAAAAUAAAGAGGAAGAGAGCAAGUUAAAGAUGGAGUUGUGGUAAAGUAGAUAGUCCAUGCUUGUUCUUCAACAGAACUGAUGUCAUUCACGGUGACUGAAAAGCAUCCAUUCCGUAAAUCAGUUCCAGUUUUUUGUCUUUCCCUCUCCAGUAUUAUUCAGUUAAUUAAAACAUGGAGUUAUCAAAGGCCAAAAUAUUAAUGGUUAAAAUUUUCUCCUGCAAAUUCAAGUUCUGUAUUUUCCACAAUAUUCAGCAAAUGCUGUUAAUUCCAGAAAUGCAUUAGAAAUGUUUAUUUUCCACAAUAUUCAGCAAAUGCUGUUACUUCCAGAAAUGCAACAGAAAUGUUAAGUUGUUAAGUGUUGAGCAACUUCAAUUUGAUGUUGAAGUGACAAAGUCUAAAAUGUUAGAUGAGUUGUUAUUGCUAUAAAGAUUGCUGGUGCAGAUUGAAUGCAGCAUGUGCAUGCCCUUUAAGGCCAAACUGUUUUACUUUUCUUUGUGCAAUACUGAAUCUGUGAACAAAAUUAGGUUCUGUAGUGCAUUUACCAUUAAUAUUUUUGAAUGUCAUUGACAGUUGCAGUGUAUCGACCAUUAUUUGCUUAUUUUUAACUAUAUCGUUAAUCCUCCAAUUUACUUUAAUUGGAGGUGGUCACUAUUAACAUAAUUUGUGAAUCAACACAGGCAAUUCUUAAGUUGAAUGUAUGGGGAAAAUGAAAAAUUAUGGAACAAACUUAGUAAGAUAAAGGAAGGCCUCUUACAUUCUACCAGAUUUUACCUGAUAUAUCAGUCUGGUGCAUAAGUGAACAUAAAUUCUCAACUUCAUAUUUUAUAUUGAGUAAUAACCAUAUUUAGAACACAAAUGAAUUGAAAUAAAUACAAAUCUUAAGACUGUUUUGACAUAAGAUUUGCAUUUUUCUUUUACAGUUUUCUCUUAAUGAAAAGAAUGCUGAAUUAAAACACAAUCUUUGUGGUAAAUCGUUUCCUGGAAGAAAAACUACUUAGAUUUGAGUCUGUGCCUUCUUUUCUCCCCGCAAGAAGGAUACUUUCCCUUUCCUGUUUCACAUUCCUAUCCAAACCUCAAGUUUUUUUUGUUUCACCAGGUAUUUGCAGAAAAAUAACUAGUAAAGAGCUGGUUGAGGGAAUGCUUUUGCUGUUUUCUUUCUGAUGUAGAGAAUAAAAUGACAAAUAUAACAACAUCUGGAUGUGAAGGUUGUUUUUAAAAGAUAUUAGUUCUCUGACUUUAUCAAAGAACUGCUUAAACCCUGCAUAUAUUGUUACAUUUUGCAGGUCAGCACUUUAUUUUGUUUAAGUAAAAUUGAAGAAAAUUGCACCAUUUUUCAAAAAAUCUUUUCAAUAAGAAAAAAUGGUUAGUUCUGCUGUAACUGUUGCAACAAUUUAAGGAACUUAAAAAUGUCUACUGAAACAUCUUUUGUAGACUGUUGCUAAUAUGUGAGCCUUAAACAAUGUUGAAUUGAGUUGGGAAGCUUAGAAGUUGAAGUUGUAGAAGUAGUCAAACUGUAACAUAUUAUUCUUAAAGAAAACUCUUGUUUGAGAUGCGCAAACCUUUAAGCAGAACAUUCAUUGAAAGAAGGGUUCCCUUGUACAAAUUACUUGUAAUGAAGAACACACUUCUGUCUUUCAUGAGGCUUUGUUUAAAAAGCAAAACUUAAAGAAUUAUUGUGUAAUAUUAUCGAUGGUUGAAUGUGUAAUGGUAUUUUCUGUGUUACCUACGGGGGGUUUUACUUUUAGGCAGAUAGACAUGAUAAUGAAAAGCUUUUAUUUUUCUUUCUGUCUUUCUUUUUAUUAAAAUUUGAACUGGUAUGGGGACCGUUUCUUUAACUAUAUCUUCUAUCAUAUGCUUCACGAUAUGUGUUGUGGAUUCCUUACUUUAAAAUAAAGGAAAACUUGAGGAAAAACAAAAAACAAGUACUGCAAUCAGUAUUACUCCUUAGACUGCAAUAAACUGUGAAAAGUCCACACAAAGCAUUGCAUUUUAUUUUAGUAGCAAGUAGCUUUUUAGAUAUCAGUUGGGUUACCUAACCUUAGAAAACGCUAGAUGUUCUGUGAAAUUGAUGCUAUUUGCAUGGGCUUGAGGAGGAAUCUCAAAAUUACUUCAGUUUCUCAGUGCUCCAUUUCCUCUUAUUUCUCCACACUGUUCCUUCCCUUCUCCAAAAUGUAUUGGAGGUUGAAUGAUAUGCAGUAAUUAGUGUUGGGAUCUUGUUGGAGAUAUGAUGUUAAUGUUUGUUUUUGAUUCCUGUUUAAGAACAGGCUGACAGUUACUUAAGUAUGCGUAUGCUAUUCUUAUCUGUUGAGAUGCAUAAUCUUAUGCAGUUGAUAUAUUCUGCAUUCUUGAUCUGUAGUUGAGAAUUAACAACAUUCAACAUAAAUUGAGACCCUGAUGCGUUUUGCUUUUUGAGUGUAUGCAUAAUUUUCCUCUUAUUUCAGACUUUUUAAUAUCGUGCAAAAAGCUGGAUCCAUUUGCCAUUUCCCUCCUGUGGAAAGCAGUUUAAAAAGUGUACAAAUGUUAUAAAUGCUACUGACUAGUGUUAAAUUAUUUUAUGUAAUACUCUUGAUCCCUCUUCCCCACCCCCCCAAACUGUACCCUGCAAAUUGCCAUCUUGAAAUGACUGAAUUUUCUAUUGCUCUGAAGUUCAGUGACUCUCCUGGAGAUCUUUCAUUAUUUAACAUAAUACACUGUAAAGAAACGUGGGGAUCAUUUGCAACAUGAAUUGUAUGUUUGCACUAAAUAAGGGUGUUGAGCUACAUGUAAGAUUGCGCUUUGCGCUGAAAUUUGUUACUUCCUUUGUAGAUUAACUGAAAUCAUUCAAAUAAAAUAAUUAAAAUUGCAAA